AAACCUAUCCUCGAGCAAGACAACCUCUUCCAUCCUCUCUCCUCCUCUCCCAUCCCCGCUCUUCGCCAAAGAGCAGAACGAAUCAAACGCCUGGCGCCCUGCCCCGUUCAUCUCCGUCGCGGUCAGCGCGUAGCAGUCAACUUUGACUGCCCAGAGUGUGGCUGGCCGACACACUACUCGGAGAAGGAGUGGGCCCAGGACUCCGAGCACGGCAGAUAUAUCCUGCGGUUGCGCGAGGCCAACGAGGAUGAGCACGACCUUCGCUCAGGGAGGGAGAUGACCGAGUUCCGCAUGCCUGGGCCGCAAGGAUUCGAGGAGGCCAUCAAUAUGAGUUCGUGGGACGUCUUCUUUUACACGAGGAACUUCCCUUCCAUCGAGACGGAGCGAUCAAGGAGGCACGUGAGCAAGUUGUUGACGUUCCCAACCACAGUGGGGGCGGUCCUGCACGAGAAUAGUCCGUACACGACGAGGAACAGGCGAUUGACGAGGGAGGGCAUGCGAAGUUUUUUGGCUCUGAGGCAGAUGCUGCACCCCAAGUUGGGGGCGAGGCCGAGCUUGGACUCGGUGAGGGUCUUUGUGGUGGGAGCGAGGGCGGAGAGCACGCUGCCGCCCAACAUCUGGGAUCAGCUACGCUUCAUGUUCCCCGGAGUCAACUUCCACCUCUACUUGAUCGGGCCAGAGGUCACGUUGCCACAAGAUUCGAUGACUUCCUCUUUCACUGCUGGCGCGGCGUCACCCGGCUCCUCCUCCUCAUCAUCCCCAGCCGUUACAGAGGAGCGACCGCAUCGCACCCGCACCUCCAACUACGGCCCCAAUGCACCAAGUCGCACGUUGGUCAUCUCUGAGGGUCUGACUAUGACCUUCAUUCAAUGCAACUACGAAGAGGUCCACCACCAGAUGGAGCCCUUCGACCCGUACACGGACGUAUUCUUUGCCUUUUCGCCAGGCUUUGGAUUCCCGUCGCAGAGGGCAUACGACCGACCGGUCAGCGAGGAGGACGAUGCCGCAGUGUCGAGCAGCUCCUCUUCAACAGAAGCAGCGUCAGCAUCAGCAGCAUCAGCGAAGUCAGCACAGCAGCCAACAGAAGGCGGUCGCCUCGACCCGGUCGCUGCGCAAUUCGAGUCGAGCCAGGAGACGGAUACGGCUGCGGCCGCAGAGGCGCCACGCUCAGCGACCGAGAGGCUACCAAAGGCGGACGCGACUGUGUCUUAUCAACAGCAAAAGGAGGAGCAGCGGGCGCGAGACCAAGAGGCAAAGGCAGCAGAACAAGACACAUCGGCCUCAUCCUCAACAGAGCCAGAGACGCCAGGCGCCCGCCCUUACUCCUCUCUUCCCACUCUUCCACCCCUCCUCCAAGCCCAAUCCGAAUGGGCGUCCGCCCUGACCUCAAUGCUUUCCACCAAGUGCCCUCUAAUCAUGACGGGCUUCUCCCCCGCCGACGUGCGCAGGGACGUGGAGGCCUUCGAAUCGGUAGAGGGGAUCAGGGGAGAGUUUGAGUGGCUGAUUACGCCUGGAGAGAAUGUGUUCGGCAGCUUGAGUUGGAGUGUGGCCGACUUUGACACGAGGGUAGCUGUGAGGGCCAACUGGGGCGUGUGGGCCGUCAGAGGGAAGAGGUACGACUUGGAAGGGCCAGGGGCGUAU